CACCGCCAGUCACAGACAGGUAGUGGUCACAGGUCAAUAGACUAAGUUGUAUCUUGUUUGUAUGAAAAAUAUGAUGUAUGAUUGAUCGGGCAGCAAGUAAAAUAUGACGAGUCAAGGAGAAUUAAAUAAUAGAAAUAAAAUACUUCAAGAACUGAAUGAAAAGAAAAAACAGCUUGGGCAGCAGACAAGUGUGACAACUGUCCAGUCAUUACCAAGCCAUCCACCAAAAGUACAUGAGAGUCCUCGCCAUACCAGCGAAGCUCACUUGUUAGCUCAAAAACAUGCUCUUGAGUAUGCAAAUUCUAUUUCAUGGGGUUAUUUUAUCACACAAGAUUCUUUGCAUGGAAACUUGAUUUUGCCUGUGAUACCACGAUUUGAGCCUGACUGAACAAAGUUGUGAAAAGUGUAGAAUAUAGGCUGUUGUUACUUGUGGCUCCAUGAUUUGCAGCAUUACUGGUGGUUUUUGAAUAUAGAAGAUAACUGUCAGAUGCAUGGUGUAUGCAGUGCAACUCAGCAAGUAAUAUUAAACUUUGAAAUUGGAAUUAACAUUCAUCACCAGGUAGGUUAAAUAGGCUGAAGUCAUGCAUUGGAUUACGUUCUAUUGGACUUGCACUACAGAUGGAACUAUGUAAUCACAGUCAACAAUGAUAUAAUUCUCAAAGACAAAGCACAAAAAUAGAACUUUAUAAUAUGUUGGUAGUGGAAUUUUUGUUUUUUGCUUAUUUAUUUUCAAGAUCAACAUGAAGCAACAAGUAUUGUUUUGGUAUCAAUUGAUUGAUUGUAUUGAGGCACAGAAGCUUGUGUGAUGCUUGUACAAUAGCUGAGUUUUAUAUGUUUAGUUUACAAGCAAAGUCCUUGUGACACUUGGUUUGGUGCACUUUGACUUAGCGAUUUCGAGCCUAGUCUAAACACUGCAAUAAUUUGAGCCUGGAUUCAUCUAAACUCAUAUAAACUCAUAUAACAUCAACAUAUUUCGUAUCAGCGGAUGAACUUUUCAAUUGAUCUCUACUUUAGCAAAAUAGACUGCAUUCAGACUAAGUUCCCGACUCUGGGGCUUGUCUCAUUUUAGCGCCUAGGUUAAGGGGACGCCUUCACUCCCGUACCCCACAUACCAACUGUCUCCAAGCAUAACCACUAUGCCGUUCCAGUGACGCUUCUCGUCAAUGUGAUUGUUUAAUAAUUGACCAUCAUAGGUAAUGUUUUGUAAUUUUCUUAACAACCGAUAUCCUGAAACUUCUUGUUGCCAUCUUUUUGUCUCCGGAAGACAAUGGAGUUUGUGCCAAGGUCAGAUGAAGUCCACGCUUGGCUCUGUGGGUGCUGAAGCUGCCCACUGCUCUCUCUCAUCUCCCUCCACUAGUCCUCUCUCUCCUGUUCGAGUUGGCGGCUUUGAUAGCAUGCUUCCAUUUUCUGCGGUCGGCUGCCGUUUCCCCGCCUAUACUUGGUUCAUGUUUCCUGUCUUCAUGUUUCGUUUAGAAACGUCUUUGUAGCGAACAACAACUUUUCCUGCAGAGUGCAGGCGUGGAACCCGUGGCAAGCUCGUCGUAGAGCAUGUCCUCGGAGAUCUGCAGUCCUACGAGGUCCUCCAUGCUGACUGACGUCGCUAAGCCAACGUAAACGUCUUUGACUGAGCAGAGCUUGUUUGGGAUAUGGUCUUGCCAGAUGAUGCCCCUCUUGAAACUACGUCAUUUCUAACUACGUCACUGCCAUAAUGUCCUGAUCAAAAUCACACUAAGUCUAGAGCUCGCAAGCAAUGCAUAAUGAGGUACGACAAAGAAGCAGUUCAAAAACAAAAAGGAUGGCGU